UAUUGCCUAUAAAAUCGGAGAAGACUGAAGGAUUCAGUUUCAUACACAACACAAGACUUCGAAUAAUGUCCGAACCAUCUCCAGUCUCUGAUCCUUACGCUCACAUAGGCAUCGUAAAGAACCCAGAUGGCUCCAUCACUCGCGACCCCACCAGAUUCCCGUACGCCUCAGCCACACCUGACCCCUCCCCGGUAAACACCGUCGUAUCCAAAGACAUCACCGUGAGCCACUCAAACUCCACGUGGAUGCGUCUCUACGUCCCCGUUACCGCACUAAACGACGGCGUUUCGUCAAAAAAACUCCCUCUCGUCGUCUACUACCACGGCGGAGGCUUCGUCAUCUGCAGCGUCGACUUCAAACCCUUCCACGACUUCUGCAACCGUAUGGCGCGUGAGCUCAACGCGGUCGUCGCGUCGCCUUCGUACCGGCUAGCUCCGGAGCACAGACUCCCGGCGGCGUACGACGACGGAGUGGACGCUCUGAGGUUUAUUAGAACCUCAGACGAGGAGUGGAUCAAGUCUCACGCUGAUCUCUCCAACGUGUUCCUCAUGGGGACAAGCGCCGGUGGUAACUUGGCCUACAACGUCGGGCUCAGAUCCGCCUUGGCGGACCUGAGUCCGUUAUGUAUCCGUGGACUGGUCUUGCACCAUCCGUUCUUCGGCGGCGAGGAGCGGUGCGAGUCCGAGAUCAGACUUGAGCACGAUCAGGUUUUUCCGCCUACUGCCGGAGACGUUUGCUGGGAGCUUUGUCUCCCUGUCGGAGCUAACCGGGAUCAUGAGUAUUCUAAUCUGACGGUGGGAGAUGGACCGGUGAAUAUGGAGAUGAUCGGACGGUUGGGGUGGAAGGUGGUGGUGAGUGGAGGAGGAGGAGAUCCGAUGAUAGAUAGGCAGAGAGAUGUGGCGAAGUUGAUGAAGGAGAAGGGAGUUCAUGUGGUGGAGCGUUUUACCGACGGCGAUGUUCACGGUGCUGAGCUCGGUGAUCCGACCAAGAGUACAACUCUGUUUGCUUCCAUCAGAAAUCUCAUUUACUCUUAGAGGCCAGCCCAAUAUGUUAGGCCCAUUUAAAGGUUACCUUAAUGUAUUGGUUUGUGGAAAAGUUAUAAAUAAGAAAAAUAUUAGA